UAGAACAACCCUCUUCAUACAUGCAACCACUUCUAUAUAGUUUCUCUCACUUAGUGCAAAGAAAAACACACCACACGACAAACAAAUAUUAUUAUUCAAUAGAAAAGAAAGAUGAGUCCAACAUGGGUUUUUGUGUUAGGUGUUGCAGCAAUGUUGGUGGUUGUGAGUGGACAAUCAUCAGUGAAGCCUUUGGUGAAGACAGUGAAGGGGAAGAAGGUGUGUGACAAAGGGUGGGAGUGCAAAGGUUGGUCUGCAUAUUGCUGCAAUGAGACUAUCUCCGACUACUUCCAGACAUACCAGUUUGAGAACCUCUUCGCGAAGCGCAAUUCGCCGGUGGCACAUGCUGUUGGUUUCUGGGACUACCGUUCUUUCAUCACCGCUGCUGCACUGUACCAGCCUCACGGCUUUGGCACCACUGGGGGAAAGACCAGUGGCCAGAAGGAACUUGCUGCUUUCUUUGGCCAUGUUGGCAGCAAGACCUCUUGUGGUUAUGGGGUGGCUACAGGGGGACCCUUAGCCUGGGGCUUAUGCUACAGCAAGGAAUUGAGUCCUGAUAAAUUCUACUGCGAUGACUACUAUAAAUUAACCUACCCUUGCACUCCUGGCGCAGCAUACUAUGGCCGUGGUGCCAUCCCACUUUACUGGAACUACAACUAUGGAAAAGCCGGGGAAGCCUUGAAGGUGGAUCUGUUGAACCAUCCAGAAUACAUAGAACAAAACGCCACUCUAGCCUUCCAGGCUGCACUCUGGCAGUGGAUGACCCCACCAGAGAAGCACCUACCAUCACCCCAUGAUGUCUUUGUUGGCAACUGGAAACCCACAAAAAAUGACACAUUGUCCAAAAGGGUACCCGGAUUUGGUGCCACAAUAAACUUGCUCUAUGGGGAUCAAACUUGUGGUCAGGGAUCAGAUAAUGAGGCCAUGAACAACAUCAUUUCACACUAUCUUUAUUAUCUUGAUCUCUUGGGUGUUGGCAGAGAAGAGGCAGGGCCUAAUGAAGUUCUCUCCUGUGCUGAACAAGCUGCUUUUAAGCCCUCUGGCUCACCAUCUUCUGCCACAAAUUGAGCAUUCCUUGGCUGAGAUUCUUGGCCGGUCCAUUCUUGAAUCUUUCAAAAAAUUCUUAAUAAAGAAAGCAACAAGUAGACAAGAUAUUUCAACUACUUUGGCCUUCAAAUGAGAGUGAAAUGAGUUUGGAGUGGACACUACUCAUUGUUAAUUUGUGUAUAGAUUAUAUUACUUUGCCAUAUAUCUUGGCUUUUGAUGUUUCCUUUCUCUUCUAUAAUUCGAAUAUAUUUUGGUAUAUAAUGUAUGUAUACAAUUGAGUAUUUGAUCAUUAAGGAUUUUCUGAACAAUUUUGUUGAUG